AAAAUCCAUACCAGACCCUUAUCCGAGCAUGCAGCCUGGCAGGUCAGGAAAGGGGGGGGACGAGCGAGCGCCCUCCCUUCCUGAACCAUACCAGGCCACAUGCCCUCAACAUGGGGGGGUGCUUUGGGGCAGGUGAUCAAGCAUGUGAUCCCACCCCAUGUCACAGCUCAUGCGCAGAUUUUUUUUAUUGGUAAAAAGAUCGGCCGAUUUGCCGAUAAUUGCCGCGAAAAUUGGCCGAUCAGCAAAAUCGGCCGAUUUUUUUUCCAAAUUUCCUGAUAAACAAAAUGUGCCAAAAUCCCAAAAAACGGC